AUGAUGUACCAUAGAAACCUUGAUGCUGAAGAUUGUGUCUACAUCCAUUACCGACAUGAUGAUAGCCUGUUCAAUCCGAGCGUUUUCUUUGUUUCUUUUUCCUAUUUUACUCCUUUUUUUCAUAUCCACCUUUUACUCUUCUUCCUUUUAAUUUUUCUUCAUUCUUUUCCUUUUCUUCUUUUAAUUUUUCUUCCCUCUUUUCCGUUUCUUCCUUUUAAAUUUUCUUCAUUCUUUUCCUUUUCUUUCUUUUUUCUUUUUCUCCCUUCCUUCUUUUUUCUUGCUUCUUUUUUCCAUUUCCUUCCAUUUUUGUUUUUCCUUCAUUUUUAUUUUCCUACCUUUCUUUAUUCCUUUAUAUCGUUUUCCUUUCUUUCCGCCUUUAUUUUUCUUCUUCUUCUUCCCAUUGUUGCAUUUUUUUAUCUUUGUCGUCUUUCCCCCUUUUUUCUUUUUAAUUCUUAUUUUUUGUUUUUACCUUUCACUUUUAUUUUUCUACAUCUUGCUUCUUUCUUUUUCUUUUCUCAUACGUUUUUCUUUUCUUCUUUUUUUAUUUUUCUUAUCUUUGUUUCUUUCUUUUUUUUCUGCAUUUCUUUUUCUUUUCGUUCCUUCUUUUCUUACAUUUUGUCUUUGUUUCCUUCCUUUUCCAUGCUUACGUUCCCAUUAUUUACAUUUACCAUUUUUAUUUAUUUUCAUUCUUUCUACUUUUCCUGCUUUCCUCCAUUUUUUUUUUACCCUGUUUUUGAUGCUUUCCAUUUUUAUUUUUCUUCCGUCUUUCAUUCAAUUUUGCAUUCGUUCUGUUUUUUCGUCUCUGGUGCUUUUUGUCUUUUAUUUCUUAUUCUCUCCUUUUUUCUUUUUUACCAUACUUUUCUUUUUCUCAUUCUUGCUCUCUUUUUCUCUAUUCCUUCCUUCCUUCCUUCCUUCCUUCCUUUUUCUAACUUCCUUCUUUCUUUAUCUUUUUCUUUUUCCUUCUUUCUUUUUCAUUUUAUAUUUCUCCUCUUUCUUAUUCAUGUAUCUUUCCUUUCAUCCAUUCCUUCUUUAUAUAUUUUCCUUCCUUUUCUCUUAUUUUUCUUACCUUUUUUCCUUCCUUCUUUUCUUUUUCUUUCCCAUUCUUUUCUUUUCAGAAAUCUUCAUUCUCUUUCUUUCUUUCUUUCUUUCUUUCUUUCUUUCAUUCUUUCUUUCUUUCUUUCUUUCUUUCUUUCUUUCAUUCUUUCUUUCUUUCUUGCUUUCAUUCUUUCUUUCACUCGUUCUUUCUUUCUUUCUUUCUUUCAUUCAUUCAUUCAUUCAUUCUUUCUUUCUUUCUUUCAUUCUUUCUUUCACUUUCUUUCUUUCAUUCAUUCUUGCUUUCUUUCAUUCUUUCUUUCUUUCAUUCUUUCUUUCUUUCAUUCUUUCUUUCACUCUUUCUUUCUUUUUCUUUUUUUUCCUUUUUCUUUCUUUCUUUCUUUUUUCAUUUUUCUUUCUUUCAUUCAUUUUCUUUCUUUUCAUUCUUUUUCUUUCUUCUUUCUUUCUUUCUUUUCAUUCAUUUUCUUUCUUUCUUUCUUUCUAUCAGAAUUCCUGUUUCUAUAA